AUGGCUUUGUUUCCAGCAAGCCAUGUCGUCGUGGUGGGCGGUGGACUGGCCGGAAUGGUGGUUGCCAACCAGGUGUUGGAGCGCGGAGGUCGAGUCUUGGUUCUCGACAAGGCUCCCUUUUGCGGUGGCAACUCUGCCAAAGCCACUGCCGGCAUCAGUUUUCCAGCAUCUCAGGAGGAUGCUAUGUGUACUUUCCAGAAUGACAUCAGAGUUGCUGGCCGGAGUGAGACACCCUUGGCCGAAACCUUGGGUCGAAAUGGCUUGGCCGACAAGAGUUGGCUGGUUGACAAGUUCGACUUAAAUUUGGCAGUGAUCGCGAAACAUGCAGGGCAUUCCCAUCCACGGACCCUCAGGACUGGGGAUGGUAUGCCGGGUAUGACGAUCACCUAUGCCCUGAUCCAGCGUGUCGAGAAGGUUGCUGAGGUGUCUGAUAGAGCUCGAAUCAUCACCAAAGCUGAAGUCUCCAGACUCCUCAGUCGGGCAGGAAGCGUAGUCGGCUGCGAGUACCAGAAAUUUGGGAGAAGCAGCAAGGAGUACGGUCCCGUCAUCCUGUGCACUGGUGGCUUUGCAGCAGGUGUUGGACCUGGAUCUGUGCUGGCAAAGUACCGGCCCGACUUGGUGAACCUGCCAACGGCCAGUGCGGAGCAUUGCACAGGAGACGGGCUGAAGCUUGGUGAAGAUGUCGGUGCCAAGACUCUCGACCUGGAGUGGGUGCAACUCCAUCCGACAGGGUUGAUACACUUGGACGAGCCGGAGGCCCCGCGCAAGGCGAUUGCUGGAGAGAUGUUCCGUGCGGCGGGUGCGCUGCUGCUCGAUGCGUGUGGGGAGCGCUUCUGCAACGAGCUUGGGCCGGCAGACCACAUUCUAGAAGAGAUGUCAAAGAGACCAGGCCGAGCCCCAUUUUGGCUAUGCCUGAACACGGCUGCAUCCCGAGAGCUGCAACGUCAAUGCCGUGCAUUCACUCGGCGGCGGCUCAUGAAGUGCUACGCCUCUGGGAAAGAGCUCGCACAGGAGAUGAGGAUACCUCUGCAAAAGCUCGUGGAGGUGCACGAUGCCCAUGCCGAAGCAUUCCGCCGCACACUGAGGGAUGCCGGGGAGGGGACCCCGGGCCCGGGUCCCUUUCAAGGGCCUUGGAGGAGUUUCGACGGGCGCCGCUCCUACGACGAGGUUUCUGGGAAGCUGGGAUUUGGUAAGUGUGACUUUCGGAAUGUUUUGGUCGGUUCCAGAGUGCCAGAUGAGACCUUCCACGCCGCGCAAGUCACGCCGGUGGUCUUGUACUGUGCUGGGGGGCUUGGAAUCUCUGCCCAGGGAGAGGUGCUGAAACAAGAUGGGUCAGCAAUCCCCGGUCUCUUUGCUGCUGGGGAAUGUACAGGUGGUGUCCACGGAAGGCUGGCACUUCCAGGUAAUUCCUUGCUGGAUUGCCUUGUGUUUGGAAGGGUGGCUGCGAAGUCGGCUUGCAAAUACAUAUUCGGCGAGGAUGAUGAGUUUCGUCCGUGUCCACUCCCGUCCCAAGAAGGUCAAGUUGAAACGUUCGAACAUGCAAGGCUUGAGUUUCACAGUGGAGUGGUUGAGUGCUCUGAUACAACGAGGUAUGCGCCUCAAAUGAUCUGUUUAGUCUCCGCAUGUAUCGGCUUCAGCGGGAAGGGAGGGGCCCUGGCACCAGCCAUGAGGCAGCGGAGCACCGGAAGCCGGCGCUGGCUUCACUUGACCAGUUCAGCUCUGCUUAGUACUAGCCUGGCAUUGUGGGUUUUGGAUGACGCCGUGCCGCGGCAGUCGUUGGCCUUCCUCCUGGGGAGGGGAGCAGGCACAUCAGCAGGGCCCAGGCUGGCUGGCUGCGUGAGCCUGCAGGCCUGGAAUGACGAUUCACCGCCUCCUCCGCCCCCCCGACCGCCGCGGGCCUUUCGGCUCAAGUUUCCGGCAGCGCCAUUUCAGUUUCAUGCUGCCAUGUUCUUGAGUUGUCCCUGCACUUUGCUGCUGGAAGAUGACCUCCGUGACGACAGCUUUUCCAAGACCGACCCGACUGAAGAGAUUCUUGACAAUACUGCCACGAACAAACUGCAGCAUGUGUCCUUCAAGGACGACAGUAGUCGACCCACAUCGUGCACGAGAACUCCACCAUCCGACGUGGGUACUUCCUUGAGCGGCAGCAACUCGAAGAAGGGCGUCCCGCUGACGACUUUUGUUCUAGAAGCGCGCAAGAGGAAGAUGCUGCAAGGAAGGAUCAAGUUGCUGUCCUUCCUUGGCAAAAAUGGCUUUAAGACCCACGAUGUGAAUGCAAAGAAAAGUGGAGUCUUCGGCUUUUCCCGUACUUAUCCGUUGCACGAGGCUGCAAAGCAGGAUCAUGCUUCGAUGGUGCGUUGGCUGUUGCAUUUUGGAGCUGAUUCAGCUAAGAAGGACAGCUCAGGCCGUACAGCCUACGACUACGUCAAGACCAAGCCUCCGACCGAUGAGGUGCGCCGGGUGCUGGAGAAGCACACCAUGUCGCAGAAGCAGUCUGCCUGGCACAGGAUCUGGCCACCUCAGGGAUUCGAUGAGUUCCUGGAGGAGGUUAGGAGGCAAAAGGAAGUUCAGGUCUCAGAUGGUUCGCAACAGCGCAUUCUGGGAACAUCAUGGGUGCGGCUGCGUGCGCAACAGCAGCCGCCUUGUGCUGCUUUCGCGUAUCUUUCGUUCCUUGAGACCGUCUACGAGACGAGCGCCUCGCAAACGCGUGAACGAAAGAUGACAGACGUGGAGAAGCAAGCUGAUGCAAUCGUCCAUGCGGUCGUUGCAGUUGAGCUGCUUCAUUGGCAUGGGAAGCUGGGUGGGACCCUGGAGAAUGCAUUUCGAAAGUGCGUCUACGUUCCCGUGCUUCCCAGGCUGAAGCGGUUGACGAAUCGCAAAGAUAGCGCAGAUGAUUUCAAAAUAGACAUGAAGACGGGCCGUAAGCUGUCGCGCCCGAGUAGAGUUCACGAUGCAGCCCUUGAGAAGCAGUUCACCUUGGGUUUCGCUUUCACCGGUGUGGCCUUGGAUUCUUUGAGUCGAGGCGACAAUGGAGUUUGGCUUCCUCUUGCCCGAUACCAGGCUCGCAGGGAGCUCAACCUUGCGGAUGUAGAGCCGGGUGAGGAUCCACAAGCCAAGGAUCUUGUCGCCUUCAGCCAGGGUUUCGUGAAGUCUGAUGCUGGCCAGGAGAUGGUUCAGGUUACAUCUCGAGCCGUGGGACAUGGCGAUGCCAGACAAAACAUCUGGAUUCUUCCUGUAUUCGUGGAUCACGAUCGCUCUUCGCACGCCGAGCGGCAGGCUUUGCUGGUUUUACUCCAGGCUGCUCCGAUCGAUCCAGUUAGUGAAGGUGUGAAGAAGGGAGUGACUGGCCAGAUGCGGGUCUUCGCCAGCCAUACUCCAUGCAUUUCGUGUCUCUCUUCCAUGUGCCAAUUCACUAGAUGUUUCGAAGGCGCCGGAAUCUCUGUCACCUACGACACCUGGAAGGAGACUCGACGAUGGAUUGGCCUCGAUCCACCUGAUGAAAUUCCGUCCGAAGAGGAUGAGGAGGAGAAGGCUUCGUCUGCGAAGAUAGCAACAGGGUCCAUUCCAUCGCAGGUUUCGAACUCGAGACAUGCACAGCUUUCGCUGGACAGGCCGGAUAGUUCUUCUUGA